AUGGCGACCGACGCCCCCGUCCUCCUCCGCGAAGAGGCCAUUGACGACUCUGAGAUUGACGAUGACAUUCAUGCCGACUCCGUGCACCACCGGCUGCGCGCCAAUUCCACCAUCAUGCACUUCCAGAAGAUCCUCGUCGCCAACCGAGGCGAAAUCCCCAUCCGUAUCUUCCGUACCGCCCACGAGCUGUCCCUGCAGACCGUCGCCGUCUACUCGUGGGAGGACCGUCUGUCCAUGCACCGCCAAAAGGCCGACGAGGCCUAUAUCAUCGGCAAGCGCGGCCAGUAUACCCCUGUCGGCGCCUACCUGGCCGGCAACGAGAUCAUCAAGAUUGCUCUCGAGCACGGUGUGCAGCUGAUCCACCCGGGAUACGGUUUCCUGUCCGAGAACGCCGAGUUCGCCCGCAAUGUCGAAAAGGCCGGCAUCGUCUUUGUCGGUCCUACCCCAGACACAAUUGACGCCCUCGGUGACAAGGUCUCUGCCCGCCGGCUGGCCAUCAAGUGCGAGGUCCCCGUCGUGCCCGGUACCCCGGGCCCCGUCGAAAGAUUCGAGGACGCCAAGGCCUUUACCGACACCUACGGCUUCCCCAUCAUCAUUAAGGCUGCCUUUGGAGGUGGUGGCCGUGGUAUGCGUGUUGUGCGCGAGCAAGAGAGCCUGCAGGACUCUUUCGAGCGUGCCACUUCCGAGGCCCGCUCUGCCUUUGGAAACGGUACCGUCUUUAUCGAGCGUUUCCUCGACAAACCCAAGCACAUUGAGGUCCAGCUUCUGGGUGACAACCAAGGUAACGUUGUUCACCUGUACGAGCGUGACUGCUCUGUUCAGCGUCGUCACCAAAAGGUCGUCGAAUUGGCUCCGGCCAAGGACCUGCCCACCGAUGUGCGCGACAAGAUCCUCGCAGACGCCGUCAAACUGGCCAAGUCUGUCAACUACCGCAAUGCCGGUACUGCCGAGUUCUUGGUCGACCAGCAGAACCGCUACUACUUUAUCGAGAUCAACCCCCGUAUCCAAGUCGAGCACACCAUCACAGAAGAAAUCACCGGCAUUGACAUUGUCGCCGCUCAGAUCCAGAUUGCCGCCGGUGCUACCCUUGAGCAGCUCGGUCUCACACAGGAUCGCAUCUCCACUCGUGGAUUUGCCAUCCAAUGCCGUAUCACAACUGAAGACCCGGCCAAGAACUUUUCUCCCGACACGGGAAAAAUCGAAGUGUACCGGUCUGCAGGUGGCAACGGUGUCCGUCUGGACGGUGGAAAUGGCUUUGCCGGUGCCAUCAUCACACCCCACUACGACUCCAUGUUGGUCAAGUGUACCUGCUUGGGUUCAACUUAUGAAAUCGCUCGCCGUAAAAUUAUCCGUGCACUUAUUGAAUUCCGUAUCCGCGGUGUCAAGACCAACAUCCCCUUCCUGGGCUCUCUCCUGUCGCAUCCCGUCUUUAUUGACGGCACUUGCUGGACUACUUUUAUUGAUGAUACCCCCGAACUGUUCUCUCUCAUUGGCGGCCAGAACCGUGCCCAGAAGCUGCUGGCGUACCUCGGAGAUCUCGCUGUGAACGGAAGCAGCAUCAAGGGCCAGAUCGGCGAGCCCAAAUUCAAGGGCGACAUUAUCCAGCCCGUGUUGCGUGACGCCGCUGGCAACCCCAUUGACGUCUCCCAACCAGCUACACAGGGAUGGAAACAGAUUCUUGACCAACAAGGACCGGAGGCCUUUGCCAAAGCCGUUCGCGCCAACAAGGGCUGUCUCAUCAUGGACACCACCUGGCGAGAUGCCCACCAGUCGUUGCUUGCUACGCGUGUGCGAACUGUUGAUCUUUUGGCCAUUGCUCGCGAGACUAGCCACGCCUACAGCAACGCCUACAGUUUGGAAUGCUGGGGAGGUGCCACCUUUGAUGUUGCCAUGCGUUUCCUUUACGAAGAUCCUUGGGACCGUCUUCGCAAGCUGCGUAAGGCUGUUCCCAACAUCCCCUUUCAGAUGCUUCUCCGUGGUGCCAACGGCGUUGCUUAUUCUUCGCUCCCGGACAAUGCCAUUUACCACUUCUGUAAACAAGCCAAGAAGAACGGCGUGGAUAUCUUCCGUAUCUUUGAUGCACUGAACGACGUUGACCAGCUCGAAGUCGGAGUCAAGGCUGUCAAGGCUGCCGGUGGUGUCGUCGAAGCCACCAUGUGCUACAGCGGAGACAUGCUGAACCCAAGCAAAAAAUACAACCUCGAAUACUACCUGAGCUUGGUUGACAAGAUUGUCGCCAUGGGCACACAUAUUCUGGGUAUCAAGGAUAUGGCCGGUGUGCUCAAGCCCAAGGCUGCUACCCUCCUGAUUGGCGGCAUUCGCCAAAAAUACCCCGACCUCCCGAUCCACGUCCACACCCACGACUCCGCUGGUACUGGUGUUGCGUCAAUGAUUGCCUGCGCCCAGGCCGGCGCUGAUGCCGUUGAUGCCGCUACUGACAGCCUGUCUGGUAUGACUUCCCAGCCUAGCGUGGGUGCCAUCUUGGCUUCUCUCGAAGGCAGCGACCUUGACCCGAACCUCAACGUCCACCAUGUACGCGCUAUCGACGGAUACUGGCAACAGUUGCGCCUCCUCUACUCUCCUUUCGAGGCUGGCUUGACUGGUCCCGAUCCUGAGGUGUACGAGCACGAAAUCCCUGGUGGCCAGCUCACCAACCUCAUUUUCCAGGCCAGCCAGCUUGGCCUUGGAGCCCAAUGGGCGGAGACUAAGAAGGCGUACGAGACAGCCAACGAUCUUCUCGGAGAUAUUGUCAAGGUUACCCCUACUUCCAAGGUCGUCGGUGACUUGGCUCAGUUCAUGGUGUCCAACAAGCUUAGCGCUCAGGACGUCAUUGACCGGGCUGAGCAGCUAGACUUCCCCGGCUCCGUCUUGGAGUUCCUGGAGGGUCUCAUGGGCCAGCCAUAUGGUGGUUUCCCCGAACCAUUGCGCUCCAAGGCGCUGCGCAACCGCCGCAAGCUUGACAAGCGUCCUGGUCUUUACCUGGAGCCUCUUGACUUGGUCAAGAUCAAGAACGACAUCAAGGAGAAGUUUGGUAAUGCCUCCGAAACAGAUGUUGCUAGCUAUGCCAUGUACCCCAAGGUCUUUGAAGACUACCGAAAGUUUGUGCAAAAGUACGGUGAUUUGUCUGUCUUGCCGACACGAUUCUUCCUGGCCAAGCCUGAACUUGGCGAAGAAUUCCACGUCGAGCUCCAGCAGGGUAAGGUGCUCAUCCUGAAGCUGCUUGCUAUUGGCCCUCUCUCCGAACAGACUGGCCAGCGCGAGGUCUUUUACGAAGUGAACGGUGAAGUGCGUCAGGUGACUGUCGAUGACAACAAGGCGGCAGUUGACAACACGGCUCGCACCAAGGCCGACCCAACAGAUACCAGCCAGGUUGGCGCUCCUAUGAGCGGUGUCGUUGUCGAGGUCCGCGUCCACGAUGGCCACGAGGUCAAGAAGGGCGAUCCUAUUGCUGUGCUCAGCGCUAUGAAGAUGGAAAUGGUUAUUUCCGCGCCUCACCACGGAAAGGUGUCGAGUCUGGCGGUCAAAGAAGGCGAUUCUGUGGAUGGUCAGGACCUUGUUUGCAAGAUUGCCAAUUUGAUCCGAUUAUCGCCGAGGUUUAAACAGCUAUCUCGGAGAUUCCGAGCACGCAGGGAAAAGACAACGACUCCCCCAACUUGUAACACUGCAACGAGUGUGUAUCAGCCAGCGACUUACAAUACUAUGGAUGCGCUGGCGCGUGAACCUACAGUGCUGAGUAUCGGGCCGCACGGGUACAUCCAAGGAUCACGACUGCGCGAGCCUACCACGGCUACUUUUAAUACAAGAGACGUCGAAAAGGGCUCAGACUCUACAUAUCUAGUGCGCUAUUUCGGUGGCGUGCGAUACGCUCUACCUCCACAGAGACAACGAUGGGGUCUGGCGCGGCCGCUGCCGGAUGGGUAUGUAUAUGGCACGCAGACGAACCCGGGGAAGUGUGAGGGAAGGGUGGCGCCGUGUCCGCAGUUGAACUCUGGGGGUGAUGCCGAUGAGGAUUGUUUUCGGUGUAAUGUGUGGGUGCCAGAGGGGGAGGUGCCGGAGGGUGGAUGGCCGGUUGUGUUUUAUAUACAUGGUGGCUUCCUCCAGAUGGGCAGCCCAAACGAUUCCAAUGUAGCCCGGCUCCUGGGCGAGACGAGUCUCAAGUGCGUCUUUGUGGCGCCAGCGUACAGACUCGCCGUUCUCGGGUUUCUGAGCUCGCGAGAGCUCAUGCAAGAGGCCGCUGCGGCCGGGGAGCCGAGUGGAAACCAAGGCUUUUGGGAUCAGCGAAUGGCGCUGGAGUGGACGAGCAAGUAUGCUCAUUUUUUCGGCGGGAAUGUGUCGAAUAUUACUGUCGCUGGGUAUUCUGCUGGAUCGUAUUCGGUGUUUCAUCAACUCGCUCACGACUUGUACCUGCCCAAGGACAAAAACAUCAUCCGGCGCGUUGUCAUGUUUUCGAAUGGACCUGGCGUGGUGCCCAAAUCAGCGGCGAGCUCGCAGGAACAGUUUGACGAGCUUCUCACCGCGCUAGACAUUCCUCUCAACACGCCCGCCACAGAAAAACUCGUCAUACUCAGACGUACCCCCGUGAAUAAACUGAUCAACGCAAGUCUGAACGUAACACAUCACCAAUACCGCCCCUGGAACGACGGACAAUUUGUCUCGAAAAGUUUAUUCGAAGACAUUGACAACGGCGAUUUUUCCCGGCGCAUGCUGGAUCGUAAUGUGCGUUUGAUGAACGGCGAAUGCCGCGACGAACAUUUCCUGUAUGGAACAUGGCACACACCCUCCGAAAACUCUCUGGCGUCUCUGCGGCAACGUCUCGAAGUCGACUAUCCGCGCGAAGCCUGCUCUGCCCUGAUCAACUUUUAUUAUCCAGACGGCAAAUUACCGGCUAAUUGUGCCGACUGGCAAGACGCCUUUGGCCGCAUCUACGCAGAUGCGCAGGUUCACAUGCUCGAACGCGGGUUUGUCAAUGCCUUGGCUAAUACGGGCGCCGGACAUCUGGUGUUUCGCUAUCGCAUCGAGUAUCGCGUGAAAUGCGUGCCGCUGCCGCCGCAUUGGGGCGUGACGCACUCGUCGGAUGUGGCAAUGUGGUUCUGGGGCAAUGGGAUGUUGUUGGAAGAAGAGGAGAAGCAGAUUGUAUCGACGGCCUUGAUUGAGCCGUUGGCAAGGUUUGUCAGGGGGCAGGAGGAUAUGCGGUGGACACAAGCACAGGCUGAAGGGGAAGAUGGGAUUCGGCAGGUGAGGCGGUUAAGAUCGGAUGGACAGGUUGAUAUCUGGCGUGAUGGGAUGUUUGAUCGGGGUGUGAGGGUAUGGGAGGCUGUGCGUAAGGCGCAAUCGGCGGUGACGGCGAAGCUGUAG